UAUUUUUUUUAUUUAUUUUUAUAAUUAAGUUAGACGGCUCGUAGAUUGCAUUCAUGUUGCACUAUAUUGUUAUUGCAAUUAUGAAAUUCCUUUUGAAUCUGUAUAAACCCGGUCCACCUCGACAGUUUAUCAACACAAAUAAUGAACUAAUUCAUAUACAUUUUCUUCAUCAAAGCUUCCCUAGCCAUGUAGAGAAAUGCUGGGUCAAAGGAAUUCUACCAAAACAAGCAAAGAGAACAUCGAUGAAUAAUGACCAAACGAAGAUUGGAAGAAUCGCAAAUUAGGCAACCCUGAUUCCGUUUCCCAUCUUUUCGUUGCAUAGAUAAUCUUCUAACCUGCUCUUCUAACGGGAUUGAGUCCCCGGUCCCUUGUUUACCAUUUCAGAAGAGUAUUUAAGGCAGCGAUUUCUCUAUGCGAGCGUCAGUAUACAACAGGAAGUGGAGGCAAGAUGAAGUUAGUUGUGUGUGUAUUAGUGGUGGGCUGUUUGGCGAACCUGUGCCUCGCGAAAAUUGACGCUGUAGCGCCUAAAUAUGGUGUGAGGCCAAUAGUGCCAUCACCUCACCCACCAUCAAACGGGGGCAGUGAUAUCGAUAAGUGUGGCUGCCACGAGAUCGUUGGAAAGCUGAAGAAGGUCGAAUCGAACCUGUUGAGGUUGAUCCAGAACCUACGCAACAAGUACGGUUCCGUGUACAGUAAGCUGCUGGACAUGAAGAAACACGCGAAGAGUGUGUCUUGGUACGUCGGUCUAACAUCGGAGACUAGUGAGAACAUCAACGAACAGUUGUUUAUCUCUUCGAUCACCACGGCACAGAUCAUGCAAUGGGUCAGAGAGCUUACCACUAAGCAACAAAAAUUAUUAACAAAGACGUUCCUCACUGAAUCCAUCCUGGCUCUGGAGAAUCGUCAAGAAGGCGGAAAGCCUCCAGUACCGGAAGGUGACACCGUCUACACAUCGUGCGACGAUGAGCGCAUCACCCAGACUGGCACGUACCUGGUGCAGGAUGUGUUUGCCGAGCCGACGAAGGUAGUGUGCGUCCUCGACUUCCAGCCAGGCGCAUACACUGUGAUCCAGAACCGUCAGGCCGGAUCGACCGAUUUCUACCGCGGUUACAGCGAGUACCGAUCUGGCUUCGGAGAGUUCGACGGUGGUGAUUACUGGUUGGGUCUGGACCGCAUCCACAAUAUCACUUCUUCCGGUGAAUACGAGUUGUUCAUCCUGUUGGAGGACUUCGAGAAGAACGUAACGUACGCCCGUUACGACAACUUCGAAAUUGGAUCAGGAAACGACUUCUAUCCAAUCACCAAGUUGGACGGAUACAGUGGUCCUGCCGGUGACUCGUAUGGAGAUGUGGUCGGUGUGCUGUUCAGCGCCUACGAUCUGGAUCUGGACAACAGCGAGAGCAACUGUGCCGUCUCGAACCGCGGUGCCUGGUGGUACACUGACUGUGGUCAAAGCAACUUGAACGGUCUGUACCUGAAGGGUCUGUCCGGUAGCACGACCGGCAUGUUCUGGGAGACUUUCCGUGGACCAUUCUACAGUCUGAAGAAGAGCCGCAUGAUGGUGAAGCGCAAGCAAAUGCCAACCACCACUGAAAGUACCACAACCACGGUCAGUGAAACAACGACCACUACCCCAGCCAUGGGAACUGAAACAACCCAGGAGGUUACUGAGCCGGCCAAAACCACAUUCACUUCAACAACCAUCUUUACGACAACGUCGGGCUCAGACGCAUCAUCUACAUCAACUAUGGGUGCUCAAACUGCGCCUUCAACCGAACCCACUUCAACAUCAACUGAUGCAUCCCAAACUACGACUACCGAAGCUCCCACUAUAACAACCACGGAUCCUGAAACUUCCACUAUGACAACCACGGAUCCUGAAACUUCCACUAUGACAACCACGGAUCCUGAAACUUCCACUAUAACAACCAUGGACCCUGAAACUUCCACUAUGACAACCAUGGAUCCUGAAACUUCCACUAUGACAACCACGGAUCCUGAAACUUCCACUAUGACGACCAUGGAUCCUGAAACUCCCGCUAUAACAACCGUAGAUCCUGAAACCACGACUGCUGAAAAUCCCACAACUACAACCACACCAGGUUCUGUGACAGCUGAGGUCACUGAAACUACUGUCGAUUCGACAACACAGCCUGUUGAAACCAUGACAAUGCCAACGGAGUGAUGAUCUUUUCUUACUGUGGAGGCUUGAUUGAACAGACCUCUCGCCAACAUUGAUCAAAACGUUUGCUGGCAAAUGUUGUAUAAUAACCUGACAUACCCAAUGCAUCAUAUAUCUAGAUCUAAUUGUCUUAUCUUGGAGAACGGAAUGCAUGCAAAGUACAGAAUUCAACAAGAUGUAUUUGAUUUAUAAGCUAGAUCUCUAUAGACGUCUAUAUCUAUAAUCUAGAUGUAUCGCACAUUUAUAUGAAAAUAAACAAAGCAACGACCAUGUCCAAGU